AUGGCCCAGCAGCAGGACCCCAAACCCCGGAGCCUGACCUACAUCGUCGAGCACCUCGAUCCGGAGCUCGGCCCCUGGUCCGAGCUCGAGUACAUCACCAUCGCCCGGGACGUCGAGGACCUCUACCGCGAUACCAAGGAUCGCGUCUGCCUGCUCGACCCGUCCGCCGCCAAGGACCUGAGCCCCGAAGACGGAGACACCUUUGAUGUCUUUCUCUUUGGCGGAAUCCUAGGCGAUGAUCCUCCCCGAGCUACGCAAAAGGGCUUCGAAGGCCGGAGGUUAGGUCCCAAGCAGAUGACCACAGACACCGCCGUCAGGGUAACGAGAAUAGUAGUGCAGGAUAAAGUUCCCCUAGACAAGAUCCCCUACGACGACUUCCCCGAGCUCAAGUUCAACGAGCACGAAAGCACAGAUUUGCCCUUCCGCUACGUCAGAGGCGAUGACGGCAAGCCCAUCAUGCCAGAGGGCAUGCUAGAACUCAUAGGCAAGGAUGCAGACAAGGCUAUCGACGACCUGUUCUAG